GUUCCCAUCAAUCCUCGGACAAGAUUUUCCCACCAACCCGGGUGAUUGAUGUUGGCCAUCAGACGGUUCCGAGAUUCCUUUCCUGUGCACGUGCGGAGAUGAAUUCCAAGAAUGGGUUACUCUGAGCCACUGUUGGGGACAGAACCCACCACUCAAGAUGACCGUAUCAUCGCUUCCGGAUCAUCAACGAGGACUACCUUUAGAUAAACUCCCUAAGCUUUUCCAUGACGCCGUUUUGAUAACAAGAGACUUGGGGUACAGAUAUCUCUGGAUUGAUUCCCCGGUAUUGUUCAAGACAGCAGAGAAGAUUGGAUGCGGGAGAGCGCACACAUGGAAAAAUAUCUAUAAGCACUCUGUGUUUACGAUUUCGGCUGAUAAUUGCCGCGAUAGUCGAGACAACACAGCCCUAUUCAGAUGAAUUAUGUGAAACAGAGAUGCUG